AUGGCUCAGAUUUAUUCUAACAGGGCAUGGGCAUGGGAGAGCUCAGGGAUUUUUGUGUUCACCGUCCCGGAUCUCCGUCCCGGCACGCUCGACUCCCUGCUCGCCCUCAGCGACGACCUCGUCAAGUCCAACAUCUUCAUCGAGGGCGUCUCCCACAAGAUCCGCCGGCAGAUCGAGGACCUGGAGCGCGCCGGAGGGGUCGAGCCCGGCACCCUCACCGUCGACGGCGUCCCCGUCGACAGCUACCUCACCAGGUUCGUGUGGGACGAGGGCAAGUACCCCGUCAAUGCCCCGCUCAAGGAGACCGUCGCCAGCAUCCAGUCCCAGGUCGCCAAGAUCGAGGACGACAUGAAGGUUAGAGUUGCUGAAUACGGUAAUGUUAAGAGCCAGCUUGGCGCAAUCAACAGGAAGCAAACUGGGAGUUUAGCAGUUCGUGACCUUUCCAACCUCAUAAAGCCAGAGGAUAUGGUCACUUCGGAACAUCUAGUGACACUCCUUUCUAUUGUGCCAAAGUAUUCCCAAAAAGAUUGGUUAUCAAGCUACGAGUCACUUGAUACGUUUGUGGUUCCGAGAUCAUCAAAAAAGCUUUACGAGGACAAUGAGUAUGCUCUCUACACUGUAACAUUAUUUGCCAAGGUUGUUGACAACUUUAAGGUCCAUGCUCGUGAGAAAGGUUUCCAGAUCCAUGACUUUGAGUAUAGUCCUGAAGCACAGGAGAGUCGGAAGCAAGAGCUAGAAAAACUGCUGCAAGACCAGGAAGUUAUGAUGACCUCUCUAUUGCAAUGGUGCUAUGCAAGCUACAGUGAGUGCUACUCCUAGUGGUCAUCAUGGCCGAACUUAACUGAUGAGAGUAUACCUAGAAUAUUGGGCUUCAGUUGCUUGGUUGCUGGACAUUAGUGGCGUUGAUGAUGCUCAUUCUAACUAGCGGGAGAGGGGAGGGAGCGUUGGAGGAACCGGAUGAAGACGAGUUUCAUCGUGAUGAUGCUCAUCGUGAUGACCGCAGCUCUCUUCUAUGUGA